AAGAAUAAUCCUAAUAGAAAUGUUUAUAUUACCACUUUAGACAAUAGCCAUAAUCAUGACUUGUUCCUUUAUAGAACAAAAUUUUUUAAUGAUAGUGAACUUACCCAAGAAAUGUAUGAUAGAAGAGCUUUACGAAAAGAAUUUCCUGACCACGAAGUUUACCUUUCUAAAAUUCAUAAAGCAAUAGCAAAAUAUUAUAGUGGGAAACGAAAGGAUAUGUUAAAUGAUGCUGCAUCAUUGUAUGAAGAAUUA